AUGACUAUACAUUUCGAUAAAAGAGUCUUGAUUACUGGAGGUGCCGGAUUCAUAGGCUCAAAUUUCUUAAGCUACUUCGUGAGAAAGUAUCCAAACUAUCAUUUCACAUGCAUUGAUAAGCUAAACUAUGCCAGCAAUUUCGAAAAUAUUGCUGAUCUUUUACAGUUAAACAAUUUCAAAUUCAUAAAAUUGGACUUGUCGGAAUCAUUUGAAACAUUAUACAGUAUGCUAGUUACAAAUUUUCAUCAAAUGGAAAUCACUGAUUUCAUAAAUUUUGCAGCUGAAUCUUGUGUCGACAGAUCACUUAUAUCCCCAUUAUACUUUACAAAAAAUAACAUUCUUGCAACUCAGAAUGUCCUUGAAUGUUAUCGUGAACUUCGAAACAAAUACAGCCACCAAUACAAGUUUAACUUUAUCCAUAUAUCUACUGAUGAAGUAUAUGGAGACAUAAACCAAAACACAGAUGAACAAGGUACACUAUGCCCCACAAACCCAUAUGCAGCUACGAAAGCAGCGAUAGAUCUCAUUAUUCAAUCAUAUCAAUACUCAUAUAACUUACCAAUAACUAUCCUAAGACCAAAUAAUGUUUAUGGACCCAAUCAAUAUCCCGAGAAAAUCAUCCCAUUAACAAUCAAAUGCUUGCAAGAACAAAGCCCAAUUCCAAUUCAUGGCGAUGGAACUAAUAAACGUUGCUAUUUGUAUAUCCUGGAUUUCUUACAUGCAAUAGACCUAAUCUGGCAUUCGGGCAUUAGCACGAGUGAAAUAUAUAAUAUAGGUGGUGAUUGCGAAAUUGACAAUAAUUCCUUAGUCAAAUUAAUAUGUCAAAAGGUUUUUAAAACCAAUUCCGUGGACCAUACCCAAUAUAUUCAAUAUGUUAAGGAUCGAGGAUAUAAUGAUAAGGAGUACUCCAUAAAUAAUGACAAGAUAAGGCAGUUAGGAUGGAAACCAGUGGUGGUUUUGCCAGAAGGGUUAGAUAUGAUAAUAUAG